AUACCAUCGCCCGUUGACGGGAGUAUAUAAACAGCGGUGCUUCAAUGUUCUUUUGAAAAUACACAAUAGGAGAGAGAAAAAAACAAAACGUACUACUCUAUCCUUAAAACCACGACUUAGACACCAUCAUGGCGGACCCGACACCCGAAGAAGAACGAAUCAACUACGAGACGUUUCGCGAGUGCGUGAGCGAGGUCGUUUUGAAGGCGUUGGCGGUGCCGAAGGAGGAGGAGGGGGCGAAAGGGCGGAAGAACAGGAGGAGAGGGAGGAGGGAGGGCAGGAGGAAGGGUCGUAUGGCUGGUGAUGAUGUUGUAGGUGGAAGAGAAGGAGGAAAGGUAGCUGAAAGCAAGGUCGAGGAGCAAGACGCAGACGAAGAAGAGAAUGCACGGCAGGGAGAAGAGGGAGAAAGCGCCAGCGAUGCUGAGGACUUGGGCGAGUUUAUUGAUUACCUCACAACCCUCAUCUUCCCAACCCUCCCCCCGACCCUCCGCACCCUCACUUCCUCGACCCUGAAAUCCCUCCCGCAGGACCUCCAAACCACCUACACCCUCCCCCUCUCCCCGACCUUCAUCGAAUCCACCCUCCUCCCCGCAACCCUUACCCCAGAAAUCAAAGACACCCUAACCGCCUACACCAUCCCCCCUCCCAGUUCAACAGCCCCAACCGCCGCUCAGAAUGCCACCACCGACGCGGACAUCCAACCCCUCCUCACCACCCUCCUCUCUUCCUACAUCGACCUCACCACCACUCCACCACCCCCGUACUCCUCCACCCGCACCGCGGAAUGCGAACUCUGCCUCCGCGACUGGAUCCCGCUAACCUACCACCACCUGAUCCCCAAAUCCGUGCACGACAAGGUGCGCAAGCGGGCGUGGCACCGGGACGACCGGCUCAACAGCGUGGCGUGGUUAUGUCGUGCGUGCCAUAGCUUCGUGCAUCGCGUGUGCGGCAACGAGGAGUUGGCGAGGAGCUACUUCACCGUCGACUUGUUGAUGGCGAGGGAGGAUGUGCAGGCGUGGGUCAAGUGGGUGGGCAGGGUGAGGUGGAAGAGUCGCUGAGGGGGGAGGGAGAGAGGGAGGGAGAGAGGGAGGGAGGUAGGGAGUACGAGGUAGAGAGAAGGACUUGAUGUGUUUUAGGAAGCGCGCGAGCCCUCGCAGAAAAAAACUGUUGAUACGUAACGUAAAUCGUGAAUGUCGAAUUCCGAUAACCCAAGUCCGCUCGCU